ACAUGCACAAAAGGAUGCAUUUUUCCGGUCACCUAUCACUAAGUGUAAGACCACGAAAAGUGGUCCGUAACAGCCAACACCACCUCGCAAGCUGACGUUUGGAACUGCAGGCACCUGCCGACAGGUGCGCCGAUCGCCGUCUGUGAAGGUCCCCGUCCUUCCUGUGAAGACAGUUCCAGACAGGUGCAGACACUUAGUGACAGGUGACAGGAAAGACAACGAUGGGUGGGCUUUUGUCUCCUCUUCUGCUGCUUUUGGUUCUUGGGCAUCCUGCUUCAUGUGAAGAGUUUGUCACGGGCUUUGUUUCCAAGUCCAGUGAAUCCGAAUCCACAAGCCAGUCCAUGCCAGACACCGUCUCCGUCAACGUCACCAUCAGAGGUCACCAAGUGCAGCUGGCCCUAAAGUUGGAUCAGCAUGCUAACACGGACUUUCCCUUCUAUGUCUUCACGAGGAACAAAGACAGACAACUUGAAACAAAGAGAGUUAACAGAAAAAAGCAAAAGCAUUUCGCUGUGUAUCAUGAUGUCGCACACGGGGCUGUCAUCAGUGCGCACCGUGAGGCAGAGACUGGACAAAGUCACCUGCACCUGGAAGGCAUGCUGCAAGUUGGGGGAAAAGUCUACCACCUUAAAAGUGCCAAACGUCGCCAUGGAAACUCGACAGCAGCGAUGGCUGACGGGAAAGACAGGUUUUCGUGGUCACGACGUGAAACGACGUGACGUUAGCGGCGGGGACGUGACCGGGAGCGGUCAGAACGAGGCUGCAGAGAGCCACGAGUUCGUUGUGCGCCUUCAGGACCACCUGCGUCCAGGUCACCGAGAGGAGACGCCAUCCCACCACCAAUCAGAGAGGAGAAAAUGAGAGCGAUGAAGGUCAGUGGCGUCGAGCGGCUGUUGACACCACCAGCGACAGCACCACCAGCGCGCGGACAACACACAGGCCGGCAGGAUGUCUACAUCGACAUUGCCGCUGUCGCAGAUUACGGGGUCUACUCAAACUGGUACUCCGCCAGCUCUGAAAUUACGGAGGAACUGAAGGCACUGGAUGUCUUGGACAAACUUCCUGAGUACUACGCCCUUGUCUUCUCGGGGGUGAAUAUGAUGUAUCAGGGAAUCAGCACGACCUCAUCCCGGUACAACAUCCAUGUCAGGCUGUCCACGCUGAUAGUAGCAACGGAGCCUGGUGACUCUGAGUGGACAGAGUCAGUGCGCGUGACGGACUAUCCCUAUGAUCACGUGGACGCUGAUGAUGCCCUGAGCAGCUUCUCAGUCUGGGCAACAUCCUCGGACCUGCUACCCAACUAUGACCACCUCACCCUUUUCUCGGGGUAUACAUUUACCAGUAAAAAAGACGACAUUGAAGACAACGAUCUUUUAGGUGUUUCUUAUGUUGGGACUUUGUGUUCGGACGAAUCGGCCUCCAUCAUAGAAGAUCUCGGGGGGUUACGGUGCACAUUCACUGUGGCGCACGAGCUGGGACACAGCUUGAGCGCAAACCAUGAUGGGGACGACAACAGCUGCAGCCAGGACGACGAGAACAUCAUGGCGGCCACCUACAGUCCGUUAAACGUGACAGACAGACACAGUCUCUGGAGGUUUUCUCAUUGUAGUGUCAACUACUUUAACGACUUUCUGAGGCAGACGAUGUCAACGACACGAGGACAUCAAUGUCUGUACAACACCCUAACACCCGACACAAUUGUCCCGGACGUGUCCGGCCAGCAGCCCGGACAGGUGUAUGACUACGAUGCCCAGUGCAGACAGGUGUAUGGGCCACAGUCAAGAAUGUGUCGGGGUUUAGUGUCGUCUCCAUCUGACAUCUGCAUGAAGCUGUACUGUGACUCGCUCACCGACGACCUUUGCUAUCCGCGUGUUGCCGCCAGAGGAACCUCGUGUGGAGACAAGAAGUGGUGUGUGAACGGAGACUGUGUGUACGACAGCCAGGCGCCAGCCAUGGAGGAGGACUGUCCAUUUGGCGACUUGCCCGGCCUUGCUUGGAAUAGCAACCAGACCUGCUCAGAGUUGAUCGCCAGCAACCCCGGGAACUGCUACGACGACAACAUCUCCAGCUACUGCUGCGCCUCCUGCGCCAAGUACUACACACCCUUGGAAAACUGUAACUAUGGAGACAAAGUCCCAGGCUGCACUACAUCAGACUGCGACGACCAGCUCGACGAAUGUUGCGGCACCUGCUUGCUCGGUACACCCGACACCAUUCAGACAUCCACCCCUGUCAGCAGUUCUACUACCAGGACUCCCAGGAUUCCCUGGGUUUGGGCACACCACGUAUGUAUGGACACUCCGGAUGGAGUUCUAGGAAAAGCGUGUAGCGACAUUGUCGGAGCCUCAACAGGCAGCUGCUACAACAGCUACAUCAACUCCUCCUGCUGCGCAUCCUGCCGCUCCCUCUACACUGGUGUCAAAGGCUGCGAGUUCGGGGACAGAGACCCUGCCCUGUGUAGGUUCGCCCCUGUGGGGGACUGUGAGGUGGAACUGAAGGAAGCGUGCUGCCAGACAUGCGCCCAGGCUACCCCUCGGCCCUCCACACUCAAUCGAGCUCCGUACCACAUGGUUUACAGUACAGCCAGUCAGUGGCCGCCACCUGUAACACCCUCGCUCAUCGGGUGGAUGCACGUGCUUGCCUGGGUAGCAUACUGGCCAGUUACAAGAUUUUCUUGAAUCUCAGCUCAGGACCAGUCUCCAUGACUAAACUAAAACUGAAACAAAAUAACGAUGGCACGCGCAAACGGAAAUUCUGAAACCACUCAAAACGAACCGUCACAGAACUAAAACACAGUGAAAUAUGUGCACAGACACGUGACAGGUGCGCGUGACGAACACAAUAACAAAUACAAACAUUAUCUUUUUAUGCGUUGUUUUAGACAUUAUUCCUCCGAGUAUUGCUCUCAAACAGGUGAGUUAGCCAAACCGAGUUUAAUCCCAGAAGAGAUGAAAAAAAUAAAUAUUUGUGAUGCUAAAGAAACUUUUUUUGUUGUUCUUGUUGGUAAUACAGCCUCUUACACUUGUCAUUGUUCACAGUAGAAUGUUAUUCAUAAAGUAGUCAGUUGAAGGCAACCAGUGGGUUGCUACGUGUGGAUAUGGUAUAAAAGGCACUGAGACUGGAAAGUAUAUACUAACACAAGGAUGUUGUGCAGAAGACAAAUAUCAAGUGUGCUUACAGUUUUAAAUGCAAAACGUGAAGUUAGCCAGUAAAUGUGAUGAACUUCAGUUAAAUGUGGGGCUAAAUAAAAGACAAAACAGUCAAAUGUGGGGCU